GCGCGAGGCGCGUGCGCGCUCACUCACUUAUCGCCUGACGGAAGGAGUGAAAGUUUGCCAGGCGGCCCGGAUUAUUCCACAUAAACACGACGUUACAGAUUGUUAAUCCGCUUGAACGAGCUCCGGGACGGUGUGAGCGAUCGUGACGAACCCGUAAUGUGAUUCGAAGGCUCGCGUUGUCGUUGUUGUUGUUGUUGUUUUUUUCCCCCCGUUGCGUGGGAAGCUGACGCUGAUGCGGAGACUCGGUCCUGAUGUUUAUUAGCUCAGUUAGCCUGCGACUUAACUUCUCUCGGGGACGGCAGUAGUGGAUUUUCGGCACCGGGAAGGGCCACGGCGACACUUUACAAUAAAAAAAGCUUGACGUUUUUAUAACCCGUGGGGAAAAUGAGCGUCAAACGGGAGCUCGGUUUGCGAAAUAUGUUCGAUAGUGUCGGUAAAACCGGAGCUGUGACUCGGCACGAGCGGCGCCUCGAGCUCCAGGCGCGCUGCGACGCAAUCUGAGGUAUUAGCCACAGUGCUAACGUUUUCUCUCCUUACCGCGUUCAACACUCCAGCCGUGUACGAGCAGGCCUGUAUAAACAGUGCUGCUUUCUCAAGAAUUGUCCAACACACACACAGACACACACGCUAAUAUUACAGAAACGUUACGUUUACGUUAUUUUCCUCACAGUAGCUCGCGUUACGCGGUCCAGUCUGUCACAUCAGGAGCCGCGGAAUUUAAUGGGACCUGAGAAGUUUUUUUGAGACGCAUCUUUUUCCUCCAACGGUUUGGACAUAAACACGGUUUUAUUUCUCGUUAUCGCUGACAAAACUUGGACAAAAAUGUCGGAGAACGCACCGACACGGAGUCUGGAUGAGAUCGACCUGGCAGCUCUGAGGGAUCCAGCAGGAAUCUUUGAGCUGGUGGAAGUCGUGGGCAACGGUACCUACGGGCAGGUGUACAAGGGACGCCAUGUGAAGACAGGACAACUGGCUGCUAUAAAGGUGAUGGACGUCACCGAGGAGGAAGAGGAGGAGAUCAAAGCUGAGAUCAACAUGCUGAAAAAGUACAGUCACCAUCGCAACAUCGCCACGUACUACGGCGCCUUCGUCAAGAAGAGUCCGCCUGGACACGAUGACCAGCUCUGGCUGGUGAUGGAGUUCUGUGGGGCCGGCUCGGUAACAGACCUAGUGAAGAACACUAAAGGAAACUCCUUGAAGGAGGACUGGAUCGCUUAUAUCUGCCGAGAGAUUCUGCGGGGCCUGUCACACCUCCACGCACAUAAGGUCAUCCACAGAGACAUCAAAGGCCAGAAUGUUCUACUAACUGAGAAUGCAGAGGUCAAGCUUGUGGAUUUUGGCGUGAGUGCUCAGUUGGACCGGACUGUAGGCAGGAGGAACACCUUCAUCGGGACUCCCUACUGGAUGGCACCGGAGGUCAUCGCCUGUGACGAGAACCCCGACUCCACCUACGACUACAGGAGCGACAUCUGGUCUCUGGGAAUUACAGCGAUAGAGAUGGCAGAGGGCGCGCCUCCACUGUGCGACAUGCAUCCUAUGAGAGCGCUCUUCCUCAUCCCGCGGAAUCCUCCUCCCAAACUGAAGUCUAAAAAAUGGUCUAAAAAGUUUAUCGACUUUAUCGAGGGCUGCCUGGUGAAGACCUACCCGAGCCGUCCGUCCACCGAACAGCUGCUGAAGCACUCGUUCAUCAGAGAUCAGCCGACCGAGCGCCAGGUGCGCAUCCAGCUCAAAGACCACAUCGACCGCACGCGCAAGAAGCGUGGAGAGAAAGAGGAGACCGAGUACGAGUACAGCGGCAGUGAUGAAGAAGAUGAGAACAGAGGUGAUGAGAGAGAGUCCAGCUCUAUCCUGAAUGUGCCGGGCGAGUCGACACUGAGGCGUGACUUCCUGCGGCUUCAGCAGGAGAAUAAGGAGCGCUCUGAGGCACUGAAGAGGCAGCAGGCCCAGCUGGCAGCACAACGCCGUGACCCAGAGGAGCACAAGAGGCAGCUCCUCCAUGACCGCCAGAAACGCAUUGAGGAGCAGAAGGAGCAGCGGCGAAGGCUUGAAGAGCAACAGAGAAAGGAGCGUGAGAUGGUGAGGCAGCAGGAGAAAGCUCCUCACCGGAGACUCGACGAUAUGAGACGAGAGGAGGACCGCAGGAUGGCCGAGCGAGAGCAGGAAUUUAUAAGGCAUAAGCUGGAGGAAGAGCAGAGACAGUUAGAAAUCCUUCAGCAGCAGCUUCUCCAGGAGCAGGCCUUGCUCAUGGAGUACAAGAGGAAGCAGCUGGAGGAGCAGAGGCAGUCGGAGAGGCUUCAGAGGCAGCUGCAGCAGGAGCACGCUUACCUCGUCUCCCUGCAACAACAGCAGCAGCAGCAACAGCAGCAGGAGAAGAAACCGCUUUAUCAUUACAGCAAGAACCUGGAUAACAACAAGCCUGCCUGGGCCAGAGAGGUGGAGGAGCGGAGUAAACUAAACAGACAGGGAUCCCCUAAAAUCUGCACUACCGUCUCUGAUACCAACAUCCAGUCGCGCUCUGACUCUAUUAGCCAAUCAGGAAGCGCGCAGGCUGCACAGACUCCGCCCAUGCAGAGACCCGUUGAACCCCAAGGUGGUCAGGGCAAGUUCCAGAUGGCCCACUUGGUGCCUCUGAAGCCUUAUGCCGCACCCGUGCCACGCUCCCAGUCCCUCUGCGAUCAGCCCACUAAGACCAUGUCCGCCUUCCCCACCCAGGACCCCUCCCCUACCCCAACGCCUCGUCCGCUGCACUCCCGUGAGCUCGUCCGUCAGAACUCGGACCCCACGUCCGAGAGCCCCGCCCCUCAGCAACGCCCAACGAGGGAUGACCACGGCCCGUGGAUCCGCCUGCCUGAGAUUGAACAGCCUCCAAAAAUUCCUCAGCGAACGGCUUCUAUAGCGACUGCUCUUAACACUAACCUGUCCUCUGGGAUCAGACACCCAGUACGAGCCAGCAAUCCAGACCUGAGCCGCAAUGACCGCUGGGAAAGAGGAGACAGCAUGAGCCUCAUGUCCAACCUGCCUCAGACCGGCUCCCUCGAGAGACACCGCAUCCUCAGUUCAUCUAAAAUGGACUCGUCUCCCAUCCUGUCUCACGACGGACGACACAAACCUGGAGAAUCCCGAACCUCUUCCAGACCCAGUCGACCAGCGAGCUAUAAGAGAGCAAUAGGAGAGGACCACGGGCUGUACUCGAAGGAGCGUGUGGAGGAGCAGCCUCGCCCUCCGGUGAAGGCCAACGACUACUCGUCUUCCUCAGAGAGCAGCGAGAGUAGCGAGGAGAGUGAGAGCGGGGAGGGACAGGAAGAGGAGAGUCCCUCGGACCGCCCGCGAGACCCGGACUCGGACUCUGUGAACACCAUGGUGGUCCAUGAGGAAGAGGAAGGUGAAGGAGGAGAUGAAGAACGGGCUGGAGGUUAUGGUGAUCAGACCAUGCUCGUUCAGAGGACUCCAGAGAAGCGUAACCAUAACGGAUACACCAACCUGCCCGACGUGGUUCAGCCCUCCCACUCCCCCACCGACUCCGCCUCCCACUCCUCUCCUGGCAAAGACUCCACCUAUGACUAUCAGUCCAGAGGUUUGGUCAAGGCUUCUGGGAAAUCCUCCUUCACCACUUUUGUGGAUCUCGGCAUGUACCAGCCAUCAGGUGGAACGGGGGAGCCCAUCUCCGUGGGAGGUCUAGGUUCUCGGUUUGAGCAACUGAAGUUGGAGGUGCGAAAAGGCUCCAUGGUCAACGUGAACCCAACAAACACUCGCCCUGUCAGUGACACCCCCGAAAUCCGCAAAUACAAGAAGAGGUUUAACUCGGAGAUCCUCUGUGCUGCACUUUGGGGCGUAAACCUGCUAGUUGGAACCGAGAACGGACUAAAGCUGUUGGACCGCAGCGGGCAAGGCAAAGUUUAUCCGCUCAUCAAUUCCCGCAGGUUCCAGCAGAUGGACGUGCUCGAGGGACUUAACCUGCUCAUCACCAUAUCAGGCAAAAAGAACAAGGUGCGGGUGUAUUAUCUGGCCUGGCUGAGGAACAAGAUCCUUCAUAACGACCCUGAGGUGGAGAAGAAGCAGGGCUGGACCACUGUAGGGGAAAUGGAGGGCUGUGUGCACUACAAAGUGGUGAAGUACGAGAGGAUUAAAUUCUUGGUAAUCGCUCUGAAGAAUGCGGUGGAGGUGUACGCCUGGGCCCCCAAACCCUACCACAAAUUCAUGGCCUUUAAGUCGUUUACCGACCUGCCUCACAGACCUCAGCUUGUUGACCUGACUGUAGAAGAAGGGCAGAGGUUAAAGGUUAUCUACGGUUCCAGCGCCGGCUUCCACGCCAUCGACGUCGAUUCCGGAAACAAUUACGACAUCUACAUUCCUGUCCACAUCCAGUCUCAGGUGACUCCACAUGCCAUCGUCUUCCUGCCUAGCUCUGAUGGAAUGGAGAUGCUGCUGUGUUACGAGGAUGAAGGAGUGUACGUCAACACCUACGGCCGCAUCAUUAAAGACGUGGUGCUGCAGUGGGGAGAGAUGCCCACCUCUGUCGCUCAUAUUUGUUCUAAUCAGAUCAUGGGCUGGGGCGAGAAGGCUAUAGAGAUCCGCUCAGUGGAGACCGGUCACCUGGACGGGGUGUUCAUGCACAAGAGAGCUCAGAGACUCAAGUUUCUGUGCGAGAGGAACGACAAGGUGUUCUUUGCGUCGGUGAAGUCUGGAGGAAGCAGUCAGGUCUACUUCAUGACCCUCAACAGAAACUGCAUAAUGAACUGGUGAUAGAGCAGCCGUGUGAUCAGCGUUCCCUCCACACUCUCUCUUUCUCUGUCUCUCUCUCUGUCUCUCUUUCUCUCUCUCUCUCUCUCUCUCACACACACACUUUCUCUCUCUCUCACACACACACAUACACACACAAUGUAAAUAGAUACAAGGCCCACAUGCUUUCACUUCCUCACAUGCACUCCCAGAAACACACACAUACACACUCAUACUCCAGACUGUCAUGGUUCUCUUAACAAUGUAUCUGUUGUAAAACAUUUUGGGGAUUGUGUGUGUGUGUGUGUGUUGGUGUGUGUGUGUGUGUUAUGACGCGUGCGGAUGCCAAAUUGCUUAACUUUCUUUCAACACCAGAACAAAAUAUUCAUUCUUUUUAUUGGCUUUUGUUAGCUUGCCAGAUUACAGUGAGUUUGCCUUUUUUUUUUUUUUCUCCCCGACUAAAUUUCAUUUCAUUUCAUUUCUACAUUCCAACUUUACCACCACUAAAAAGAAGAGAUGAAGAAACAACGGCGGCGGCGUAUAAAGCCUUGGACAUUUUGCUGGUGGCCGUCGCCGCCCCCUGCUGCUCUCGGGUGGUACUGCAGCAUCUGUAAUUUUCCAUUCUCACACUGUACUGUAAUUCAGUAGCCUAGUCGUUUAAUCUAACGGAUUUAAACUAUCUGUGAUUUUAUCAUUUAUGUUCAAACUAUAGCAGAACAUUUAGUGGAGCUCUCACGAUAUCAGUUCUCCUAUAUUUUGAGCUCGUUUAACUUUUUCCCUUCGGCUCUGUAGACCGGAAUUGGACCGAAUUCUUUAAUCAUUCAUAGUCGACGCUUUUAAGAAUCUGGGUGAUGCUUUUGGCUGGUGAAGCACCACAGAAGUGCGACCGAUAUUACAAGCACUCUCUCUGAUUUAGCCAUGGAGAAUGCUCUCUCUCUCUCUCUCUCUUUUUUUUUUUUUUAAAUCUUUCUUUUUUCUUUUCUUUCUCGUCUGAAGUUCCAGUAUAUCUCGGGCCGUUUGAUAUUCUCUGUAUGUAUAGGUAUUUGGUAUUAUUCCUACUUUAAUAAUAUCUCGCUGUUCUAUUGCAAUACGUGCUGUAAUCGUGCUGUUCUCGUUUCAGAUUUUCACGAGGGGAGUUCUCUUUAACCGGUCGGAUUAUUAUGAGGUUAGGGAGAAGUAGUUCUUUCGUUUUUUUUUUUGUUUUUUUUUUUGUUUUUUUUGUUCUUUUUUUUGGCAGCAGAAAUGCUUUCUCCGUUCGUGAGCCGGAUUUAAUAGAAUAAACGGAUUGAGAAGUUAAAUCACGUCACCGUGCAGACGUAUAGGAGGAAGUUGGAGCUUUUAUCCCAGUCGUUUGACCCCUCGUUCAGGCAGGAGGAAAGGAUUCGGACGUGUAAGGCUUCACUCCACUAAAUAACCGAUCUUAGCAUGUCACGAGACGUCGGAUUCGUUUCUGUUCCGCGCCGGAGGUCAGCGCUCUGAAGAUCUGAUCCCACUCACUCAGACAUAUUUUUCAGCCCGUAUGUUUUCCCCACACACACAAAAAUCGCACAAAGACCCCAGUGUGGUGUUUAUUCUCCUACGUGUUUGUUAGGGCGCUCGCUUCCUAUUGAGCAUGAACAGACUUCCUAUGUUUGAUGCGCUCACUAAUCCUGGAUGCAUUUCUGCUGCCAAACUCCCCGAUGUGACGUCCAGCCUUAUUCGAGGAAAAAAAUUAAUGGAUCUUCGAUGUGGAGUGUAAUGGGAUGAGCUGUGAUUAUCACAGACUUUUCAGGUGGAAAAAAAUCCUACGAUUGUUUCAGUUCUUUUUUUUUUUUUUUUUUUUUUUAACGUAUAAGCCGUGACUUUGGCUUGGAUUCGUGAUCAUGUGCGAGUGUGAGACUGUAGGAUAACACACACACCCUGUGGUCCAAAGCAAUAGCAGUGUGACUGGCGAGCGUGAGCAAUACUAGCAGAUCACCAUGACGACGACGACUCUUUCCCCAGUUCACUUUUAUUAGCAUGACCUACUGUGGAUCCAAAACCUUUUGUUUACAAAUCUUUAUAAAGCAUCAUGACAAAUUUCCAUUUCCGUAAAUCUGGACAUAGGUUCAGAUCCCUGAUGAGCAAACAAGAGGCGAAUCCGUCAUCUUCUGGGACCGGCGCAGGCCCGUCUUUAUGAUUCCCGAAAUCUACAGCACCCUGAAGCAAGGCUUCUAAAUAUAUCUUUUGUUUCUAUUACAGAAAGCGUAGAACUAAUCAGUAAUCACUACCAGAAAGAUGCCUAUAUAUUUAAAUAAUAAAAAGGUUUAAUAGCUAGACGAGAGAUCGAUGAUUGUAACAUAUAAAAGCACUUUUAUCUCACUUUAUCUCAUAGCUGAGAGACAUCGUUAGUUUAAUCAUCGAAAUCAGUCCUUCUGCGACUUUGCUUCUUUUCUUCUUUUCCCUUUCAGAAAGCUGCUCAGUGAAGACGCGUCUGUAACGACUUCCUGUCGCUGUCCUCGUGUUCGACACGUGAAUCGACGUGUCACACGACGCGUCCCGGCCCAAACCUGCCCAAAAUUCUGCCACAAGUUUAAGCGAUUCCAAGAUUUCCGAUUAUUGAAGUAGCCUCCAGCAGAUUUGUGACGUUUUAUAGGAGUUUCUGCAAAUUAUUUGUUUACGUGCUGUCGAAAGAUAUUAAAGCAGCAGGACGUUAGGAAGCAAACGUGACUCGGUUACGUUUAUUGGGACGUUAACGAGAUUCGAUUCUUUUUCUUCUGAAAAUCCACGUGGUCGUAUCUCAAUAGAUGGCAACGCAUGUAGACCCUUGUGCUUUUUAAAAAAAAUUCCCCUUGUAUAGAAAUAAAUGAAUAUCGAUUUAUUAUUAUUUUUUUUUUUUGGCUUUCUAACCUUUGGGUUAUUGACGUUGCCCCAGUUUGAACUGCCAUGUUUACCGUUCUCGCAGUGCCUUGGAGCCAGGUUGCGUGUGCGUGUGUGUGUGUGUGUGUGUGUGUGUGUCUUAGCAAAGGAUGCUGUAAGAAGAUUUUUGAGUUAUCUGCCCCACCCCCAUUCCCAAGGUUGCGUACAUAGUUCAGGGAAGAAGUAGUAGUGCAAUCAGAGAUGUAUCUCGUGUCAAGAAAGUGCACUUAAUCUGACAAUAAGUUCAGGCCCAAAAGCCAUCGCAUACAGAAAGCGACUUUCUCCAGCAGAAUUAAAGCAUCACACACACCUUGGGUGGGGGUGGAGGAGUUGG